UACCCAUGAGAUGUUUGGAGACAUUUUUAUAAAAUUAUUUAUUUAAAUAAAAAUGGCCGCCGUAGAGAGCGGAGAGGAGAAACUCAGUGAGGAGAAGAGUGAGGACGCCAACCAGAAUCAGAGCUCCAAGGACCUUAAGACACACAGCAAGCCCAAGAAGGUGAGGCGGGAGAGGAGGGAUGUGGAGAAGGAGAGGCUGGAGUCUUCAUCCGCCACCAUGUCCUCCCCUCCUCAUCCUCCAGCCCAGCAGCCCUGUGCAGACCAGGAACAGCUCCAGCUAGCCGAGGCCGAGGCGGGGCCCUCAGAGCCCAUGGUCGCUGCAGCUGGUGAGGCCUCGGGUCUCUCUGAGUCCUCCCCUUCGCCCAAACAGAGGAGGUCCAUCAUCAGAGACCGAGGUCCGCUCUACGAUGACCCCUCUCUACCCCAGGGCUGGACACGUAAACUCAAACAACGCAAGUCUGGACGGUCCGCCGGGAAGUUUGACGUCUACCUGAUGAACCCAGAGGGGAAAGCCUUCCGAUCCAAGGUGGAGCUGAUCGCCUACUUCCAGAAGGUUGGGGACACCACCACCGACCCCAACGACUUCGACUUCACCGUAACCGGGCGUGGCAGCCCCUCCCGCCGCGAGAAGAGACCCCCGAAGAAACCCAAAGUGGUGAAACCGUCGGGGAGGGGCAGGGGCCGGCCGAAGGGGAGUGGAAAGCCGCGCCCGGCUACGGAGGGUGUGGUGGAGAAGAGUCCCGGGAAGCUCCUGGUGAAGAUGCCGUUUGAAACGUCCAAGGUAUCCGAGGCAGCUGGGCAGACAUCGGACCUGGUCGUAGUCACCAAGAAGCGUCCAGGACGGAAAAGGAAAGCGGAGAUACAACCGCAGACUGCUCUGAAAAAGCGGGGGUGUAAGCCAGGGUCGGGGGUGACUGGGUCGGCACUGUCAGCAGCUUCUGGGGCGGCGGGUUCCAGUACUUCCUCCUACGCAGCGGCUGCUAUCAUGGCUGCAGAAGCUAAGAGGAAAGCUCAGAAGGAGUCUUCCGCUAAGCCGGUGCAGCAGACCGCUCUGCCCAUCAAGAAACGCAAGACCAGAGAAACUGUUGAGGAGAUUAAGGAGACUCCAGCCAUCACCACGCCACUGCUCGGGGCAGGAACUGUGAUGGGGACAGGGAAUGGUGAUGGGGCAGGAACUGGGAUGGGAAUAGGGAGUGGUGGUGGGGCAGGAACUGGGAUGGGAAUAGGGAGUGGUGGUGGGACAGGAACUGGGAUGGGAAUAGGGAGUGGUGGUGGGACAGGAACUGGGACGGGAAUAGGGAGUGGUGGUGGGACAGGAACUGGGACGGGAAUAGGGAGUGGUGGUGGGACAGGAACUGGGAUGGGAAUAGGGAGUGGUGGUGGGACAGGAACUGGGAUGGGAAUAGGGAGUGGUCUGGCUGUGGUGGCAACAGAAGGGACAGAGCAGGGACAGAAGUUGCCAAAGAGUCCAGGGAGGAAGCACAAGGACAGUCCCCUGACAGCAGCGGUUACCACAGGGGCCAGUGGUGGGUCGAAAAGUUGGCCCAGCGGAGGCAGCAGUAGUAUCACUACUCCAAAGAGCCACAGCCACAAGAGGAAAGAGCGUACACCGCACAAACACCAUCACCACCACCACCACCACCGUCACCAUCACACACACUCCUCUGUAGUGGAGGAUCAUCCUCCUCAACCCUCCCAGCGGCCCCCUCACCACCACUUCCCCGGCCUGACUAUGGGCCUGGUCUCCCAUACAGCCAGGGCCUCGGUGGGGCCAGGGGCCCUCCAACAGAACAAGCCCCAGGACCUGAGCACCUCUAGGGGGCCCUGCCGGGCCAGCAGCUGGCCAGAGGGCCACACCACGACCAGAGGAGAGAGGGGAGAGGUCAGCUCGUCUGCGGUGGUAGUAGUGGGAACGAGUGACACCAGAGGUAACAGAAAUCGAGCAGACGAGGCAGCGGGGACAGUGGUAGGGAGGGAUUUGAGAGACAUUGUACCUUCCUCAGCAGUACCGAGGCCCAGCAGAGAGGAGACCGUCUCCGCUGUACCCAGACCUAGCCGGGAGGAGACCGUCUCCGCUGUACCCAGACCUAGCCGGGAGGAGACCGUCUCCUCUGUGCCCAGGCCCAGCCGGGAGGAGACCGUCUCCGCUGUACCCAGACCUAGCCGGGAGGAGACGGUCGAGUCUCGGACACCGGUGACUGAAAGGGUUAGUUGACUGUAUGUUAGGACCCCUGUCUGUAAGGAGAAAAGGAGCCGUGUAGAGGAGCAGUGGGUUUUAUAAGACAACAGAAAAGGACGUGUACAUAGAAACACAAGGCAGCUGUUGGUUGAUUGUUCGUUCUGUGGGUUGGGCUGUUCAUCUGUUUAUUGACAGGUAGCGCAGCUUCAUGGUCAACCCACAACAGAUUGCUUCCUGAUAAAUGAACGUUUUUCUUCAUUUUUUUUUUCUUUGUUUGGUCAUUGUCUUGUUCUCUGUUUUGUGCUUUAAACCUGUUGUCAUCUGACCCCCGACCCCAGAAGCCUUUUGCUUAAAAUCUCACAGGAAGUGAAGGACCUACACUUCCGGUGCCAUCAUCAGAUGGAAACCACGGUAACCACGACGAUGACUCAUAAACCUCAGUCAUUCAGUUCUUCACUGUGGUUUUUAAGAUGGCGUAUAAAAAACAACUGGGACCGAGGCAUGUGUCCUGUCUGUAGUUUCCUCACAGUUGGUAUUUUCCAGUGUUGUGGCUAGAAGCGGCAACAACGUACAAUAUGUCAUACAAGCUGCCACUGCUUCUUCUUCUGUUGUAGCGUCCUCUGUUUACUGCAGUACGCUCAGCAUCCAGUCCGUCAACGCUUUGUGCUGCGUUCCCAUAGGGGCACCCUAUUCCCUACAAUGCACUGCUUUUGACCAGAACCUUAUGGACCCUGGUCUAAAGUAGUGAGCUAGAAGUAGUGCUACUGAAUAGGGAAUCAUUUGGGACACAGAUGGGUUUCCAGUCCUUGCUCUACAGUCAGCAUAUUCAUUUAGGUGACAUGUGUUUUCCUCGUUGGCCUAUAUUAUGUAGAUGCCAAGCCUUCAGUGUGUGUGUGUGUGUGUGUGUGGUGUCGAUCAUCUCCUUCUAUAUACAGUAGUCUCCGUCUGAAACAGCAGCCUAUUCCCUACACAGGGAGUGACAAGUAGAGCACUACAGCCUACUAGUCUCCCCAAGCAGGCUGGAGGUUUUCCACUUCACACAGAGACCAGAGGUGCUUGAUGAUCAGAGAGAAUAUGAUUCAGUUAGGAUGUUGAUAUGACCCAGACAGCAAUAUGGCUGAGUAUAUAGGAUGUUGAUAUGGCCCAGGCAGCAAUAUGGCUGAGUAUAUAGGAUGUUGAUGUGGGCCAGGCAGCAAUAGGGCAGAGUAUAGGAUGUUGAUGUGGCCCAGACAGCAAUAGGGCUGAGUAUAUAGGAUGUUGAUAUGGCCCAGGCAGCAAUAGGGCUGAGUAUAUAGGAUGUUGAUAUGGCCCAGGCAGCAAUAGGGCUGAGUAUAUAGGAUGUUGAUGUGGCCCAGGCAGCAAUAGGGCUGAGUAUAUAGGAUGUUGAUGUGGCCCAGGCAGCAAUAUGGCUGAGUAUAUAGGAUGUUGAUAUGGCCCAGGCAGCAAUAUGGCUGAGUAUAUAGGAUGUUGAUGUGGCCCAGGCAGCAAUAGGGCUGAGUAUAUAGGAUGUUGAUGUGGCCCAGGCAGCAAUAUGGCUGAGUAUAUAGGAUGUUGAUGUGGCCCAGGCAGCAAUAGGGCUGAGUAUAUAGGAUGUUGAUAUGGCCCAGGCAGCAAUAUGGCUGAGUAUAGACCUUCUCCAAUUAUUCCUGAGGCUGUGUCCCAAAUGCCACCCUGUUCCCUGUAUAGUGCAGUAAUCUUGACCAGAGCCCUAUGGGCCAUCUAAAGUAGUGUACUACAAAGGGAGGAGGGUGCCAUUUUUGGGACGCAGCCUGAAGCUUUGAAAUGGAAACCUCUUGAUGCAGACAACACUUCCUAUCUGAUGGUUGAGGUGAUGAAACCCCAGGGGGGGUUUUAGAGGCAUAGAUACACCAAUGAUGUGUGGUGGCUCACAAUCACUUUGUUCACCAACUACUUAGUUCGCCAAGUGACUAGGUGCUGCCAGCAGCUGGAUGACCUCUACUGAAAACAGGUUGAAUUUUCUUUCAAGGCUUUAAGAAUAAAAAUUCUACUGAUGUUUUUUUUUGGAAGUUGUAGUCCUACAAAAUGUUAAAAAGAAAAAUAAUAGGAUACCAAUCAUUAAACCUAUACGUUUUCCCCAGUAACAUGAAUUAGCCAGUUAAUGGACAAUUUUACCCAAACACUCCUAAAUGGAACUGUUUCCCCAGUCAGAUAGGAAGCGUAAAGCACAACAGGACCCAAGACAUGAUUAUGGAUGCGCCAUAGAUUUCUUGACCCCAGUCGUGUAUUUUGUCAAUACCUAUCAGAAGUUUUCUGAUAAUUAAAUUAUUUCCAAAAGACAUAAAUGACCCAACCCCACUGAAGGAAGUUUAUUUUUCUGUCUGUGUUUGUUAAAAAAAAAAAUAAUAAAAAAAAAACAUGUCAUGAAUUUAUAUUUAUAGUUCUGUUUUAAGAAUUAUUUUAAAUUAGAAGAUGUAUUGUUUUGACCAGGAACAUUUCUGUCUCCAGUUUUGACGUAGGAUUUAUGUUGAAUAUCAUCACCCGUUCUCCUUUCUGCAUGCAACAGGACUAGCCUAUUUAUCCGUGGACUUCAUGAAACUUGGUGUUAGGCUCGUGAGUUUCCUUUUAGUUUAAACUCACAGGUGGGAAGUCAAAAGAUAUGGCGGCGGGGGGGGGGAAGGGAGAGAAAAAAACGACUCUUCUCCGUGGUCACUAGUGUUGCCAGUGACACAGUCGUCCGAUUUUUCAAAUGUAUGUUUGGAAUUCAAUCAAAUCUGCAGUGAGCAGAAACCGGAAUCCCUGCCUAAACAUAGCAAGCGUGUUUUGAUUACAACAAGAAUGAAAUAUGUCGUCGCCCCCCCCCCCCCCCCCCCAGUGAACAAUGUCUUGCUAAUUACAUUGAUAAAACCAUGCACUUUUCUUCUGGCUCAAGAACAAAUGUUUUGAAUGAAUUGUAGCCUACGCUCAAUCACUUUUGCACAAGUACUUCCAUCAAUGUAACGGCCCCCCUGUCUAGAAAAACAUUGUUUCUAAAAAAAUAAAUAAAAAAACGUGUCCUUGCACGAGAGAUCUAUUUGUUAGUGACUUUUUAAAAGUGUAACAUACUAGUUAUAUUCUCAUUACUUUUUAAUGCACCAAUAUGUUAAACCUGUAAUACUCUUGUCAUGUUGUUGGCAGUGUGUGGCUGUUACAGUAGAGCCUGUUAAAGUAGUUUGUUUAAACGGUAGUAAUCAGUUUUGGCACAACACCAGAAAUAACAGAAUUUAUUUAUUUUAAUUUUUUUAUCUGCACUAGAAUUUUCUCCUUCUAGAUCAUAUGACUCCGGUCUCCACCUUGCAUUGAGAAUAUGUCCUAUAAUCGACCAGAGAUUCAGACCAAUGUAUACACCCUGUGGCUUGUCCUCCUCAAUUAAAAUGUCAAGUGUAGACAAUA